GCCCCCCCCAAAAGCACAGCCCCCACUGACUGAGCCCAACCCCUGCUGCCUCCCCCCCGUGGCUUGCACCCAGGGGGCACAGCCCAGGCCGUGUGUAGUGUGCAGAGAUGGCCGGGGUCGUGGGAAGUGGAGCUCAAGUGUCCUAUAUUAGUCAAGAUUGCAAAGAAAUUCCAGAAUUUCUAGGAAGAAAAUAUGGAAGCGUUGCAAAAAGGCUAGACCUUAGCUUCAACUUGUUAAGGUCACUAGAAGGACUAAAAACAUUCAGUUGCCUAGAAGAGUUGAUCUUGGACAACAAUCUCCUCGGAAAUGACCUUCGGUUACCCAGGUUACCUCACCUCCAUACCUUAACGCUCAACAAGAACCAAAUAACAGAUUUAGAACAUCUGCUGGACCAUUUGGUGGAUGUGGUGCCUUCCUUGGAAUACCUCAGUUUACUAGGAAACAUGGCUUGCCCAAAUGAACUGGUCAGCGAGGAAAAGGAUGAGGAUGACUACCAGAGGUACAGGUAUUUUGUUCUACACAAACUGAUCAACCUGAAAUUUCUUGACACUCGGAAAGUAACCAAAUGGGAACGCGAGGAAGCCUUGUUACGAGGUGCCUUCAUGAAAGUGGUGAAACCCAAGGAUGCUAAGGAGUUUCCUAGGCAUCUUCCAUUGAGUGAGGCAGAAUCUCAACUUCAGCCUGCAGCAGAGGUGAGAUGCACUCUGUGUGCUUUCUUGUGGAGACUUUACGCUUGUUCUUUCUUUUUUGUUGCUUGCUUAAAUCUAAAGCAAACCAUUCAUACUAAAAGUAAAAGACUGGGAUUUUUUUUUGUAUGUUGCCAGCAUCAAAAGAAACAAAAAUGCACCUUGCACCAAAGCAGGGGGAUCCCAUAGUGCAAUCGUUAAAAUUUACCUAGUCAGAAAAGCAAAAUGAAUAUCAUCUGACUUUGUGAGCUCAUUAGAGAGAGGAGGGAAUAAAGGUGUGACUGAUGAGAAGGCUGAAUACAAAAACCAGGAAAGAGUAUCUCUUGAAUUUUUUGUCUCCUCUAGUUUCCAGGUCUCAAGCUCACGAGAGACACGGAAGUCCAACUAGACUGUGU